AUGGAGACACCACCAAAAGCGGAUGAAGCAACAGCUUCCACCUCCGCCUUGUCUUCGACUGGAUCUUCUGGCUUGGAUGAUAGCUACGAUGUCUACGCGCAGAACAAAGACAUCGUAUACACUGCCGACGAGGGCAAUAAGGUCCUUCGAAAGAUCGAUCUCCGUCUCAUCCCGCUUCUAGUUGUUAUAUACAUGCUUCAGUAUCUGGACAAGAACAGUAUCAACUUCGCAUCGGUCUACGGUCUCAAAGAAGGGACGCACCUCAAAGGACAGGACUAUUCGUGGCUAGGCUCCAUAUUCUACUUUGGGUAUCUCGUCGCCCAAUGGCCCGCGGGACUGGCGCUGCAAAAACUUCCCACAGGCAAGUUUCUUAGUAUAACAACAAUCGCAUGGGGUGGCCUUCUCAUGACAACCCCCGCAUGCCACAAUUUCGCCGGCAUAGCGGCCAACCGCUUCCUUCUCGGAGCUAUUGAAGCUGUCGUCAAUCCGGGCUUCGUCCUGAUGAUGAGUAUGUGGUACACAUCAACUGAACAGCCACUGCGGCUCGAAGCGUACUACUGUACGAACGGUGUUGCGACCAUGUUUGGCGGGUUGAUUGGAUAUGCGGUCGGCCACAUCACGACCGGGCUUCCAAGAUGGAUGUACGUCUUUCUUAUCUUCGGUUCGGUCUCUGUCGCUGUCGGUACGAUCGCCUUGCUACUUCUUCCCGAUCUACCAUCGACGGCAAAGUUUCUGUCCGAGAGAGAGAGGGCUAUUGCCGUGGAUCGCGUCGCAGUCAAUAGACAGGGGGUCAAGAACCAUCACUUCAAAUGGUACCAGGUGUGGGAAGCUGCCAGAGACCCCAAGACAUGGCUAUUGUUUAUCAUGGCUGUUGGGGCGCAGGUUCCUAAUUCUGCUCUUACCAGCUUUACAUCCAUCGUCGUCGGAUCAUUCGGUUUUGAUACGUUAGGCACCCAAUAUCUCCAGAUCCCAGGCGGAGCGGUCCAGUUCCUGUCUCUACUCGCCGGCGGUUUCAUUGCAACGAAAUUCGGAGAAAGAUUCCACGCACGCAGCAUCUGCAUGAUUGUCGCCAAUAGCAUCUGCAUCAUCGGCGCCGGGCUGCUCGUUGGCCUUCCAGAUUCCAACAAAUGGGGACGCCUCGUCGCACUGUGGCUCUGCUAUUUCCAGGGCCUUGGUUUCAGCAUGAGCUUGACAAUCGUCAGCUCCAACAUCGCCGGAUAUACCAAGAAACAGGUCACGGGAGCGUUGCUUUUCACUGGGUACUGUGUUGGCAAUAUCAUCGGCCCUCAGACUUUCAAGGGCAGCGAGGCACCUCGCUACCAUAGCGCAUAUGUUGCAAUGCUGGUUGGCUAUGCUGUCAAGUUGACAGCCAUUACGAUUCUGUACAUAUACAUGUACCGCGAAAACAAACGACGGGACCGUAAUGCGCUAUCUGCAAACGACAAUGAGGGUGUUGGGAAUGGCGUGGAGAAUGGGAUGCACGACCAAACAGAACUUGAGAAUAAGCAUUUCCGAUAUGUUUUAUAG